AUGUCUUCUUCGAGCGGCAUCGUCGUUCCCCCCUCCCGCUCGCCAUCUGCAUCGAAGAUCGCAAAGACUACACUUGAACGAUUUCCACCGAAAUAUGCUUUAAGCUACCAGAAGAAAAUUACCUAUCGACACUUCGAACGCCGUCAAAAGUCAUGCGCACCAUUCCGUGAGCCACUUCCACGUAGAUUCAGUACUGACUACAAAAGACGGUUCGGAUCGAUCAAGCAUGACUACGACUGGAUGGCUGUUCGCCUCGACCACAAGGUUUCCAAGAAAAUUAGGAGGCCAAAGAUGAGGUUUUGCUUCGAAAACUUGAUGAGACAGAAGUGGAGCUUUGUCGAUUACGCUUCAAUGGUAGAUGACUUGAAUAAACCACUCGCCGUCGGACUGCAAGUAAAGGAGGCCUUGUUCAUCCAAACGGCCAUGAAAAAGUUUGAGGUCCAUCUCGCCUCAAAUCUGAAGAAGUCGACGACUGUAGGUCUAGACGGUAUCGAGACCUUGAAAGGUAAUGACAAGGUAGAGAGGAGGGAUCGGGAAGACUUUGUGAGACUGAUUGAGAGUGUCAAGGGCUACGACGCCCAAUAUUACUGGAAGGAUAAGGUCAAAGUCGGCAAGCAAAUGGGACAACCAUUGGAGGAUCAGACAGAUUUUGACGUCGUAGCUUAUUCCAAGAAACUGCAAGACCCCAAUCAAUUGAAGCUCACAGUGGAUAUGCUGCAUCUCAAGGAACACAAGGAUUGGAAGCUACAGUCAAAGGUCGUUCGCGACGAGGCAGAAUUCGUACAGAAGCAUGGUAGCGACUUCAAUUACGACUCCGACCAGGAUUUUGACCAAAUUCCAGACGCCGACACAGAGGACGAGGACGAAUCUGAGGAUGAGUACGAUGGAUCUGAGGAUGAGUAUAGCCAAGGUGACGGUGAAGAGAACGAGUCUGAGGAUGAGUGCAGCGAAGAUGGUGAUGAAGAGGACUGA